CUUUCUGCACCUCCCCCAGCCUCUGCUGGGAGUGUUUAUCUUUUCGCCUCAGCUUUGCGCUCUUUCCUCUUUCACUUUUCUUUUUACUGUGGGUGGGGACUCCCUAGGCUCAGGGUACUCAGGGAACCCCAGCAGACUUGCUCGCAGCCGUCGAAGCCCGACGCCACAGGAAGGGAGCCUGGUGGCCGCGUCCGCCUGGCUGCGCCGGCUGCCUCCCGCUACGCUGCACCCCGCACUUAACGGAGAAUCUAUUCCCAUGUGUGUCCAUUUGGCUCUUUGAAGUAAUGUCUCAUCAUGUUGCAUACUGGUGAUGUCACAGGAAGAACAGAAGUCAAUGCUAACAUAUAGCCAGCCUACAAGAGACCAUGAGGUAUUCUGGAUGGAUGGCUGCUGGAAACCCAUUGCUGUAGCCAACUCUUCUUCAACACUUAAGGAUUUACUGUGGCAUUGGGUAAUGAGAAUUUCGAAAACAUAUUUGAGAGUUACCUCUAUCCAGUGCUAUUUGUGGUUACUUCUAAACAGUCAUUUUUUAACUGAGGCUGGCAUUCAAGUCUUCAUUUUGGGAUGCUUUAGUGCAAGUCUUCCUAAAACAGAGGCUAACUGGCAUGAUGUAAUAAGAGAUUUGAAAAGAAUUGAAGAACUUAUUCAAUCUAUACAUAUUGAUGCCACUUUAUAUACUGAAAGUGAUGCUCAUCCUAACUGCAAAGUAACAGCAAUGAAGUGCUUUCUCCUGGAGUUACGUGUUAUUUCACAUGAAUCCAGGAAUAUGGACAUGGAUGAAACAGUAGAAAACCUUAUCAUCCUAGCAAACAGCAGUUUACAUUCUAAUGGGAAUGUAACAGAAUCUGGAUGCAAAGAAUGUGAGGAACUGGAGGAAAAGAAUAUUAAAGAGUUUUUACGAAGUUUUUCACAUAUCGUACAAAUGUUUAUCAACUCUUCUUGAUGGCAGUUCAUCAUCUUCAGCAUUUCUAUUAUUAACAAACAUCUUCCCGCUGCUUAGAGGCAACAAAACACUCUGCAUUUCAACUGUUCUGCCAAAACAAGUUUUUCUACCAAGAAGAUAAUCAGGAUCUUGGAUCAGAUGAACUCUUAGAAAAGAAGGCAGAAAAAUAUCAUUGAAUAACAUAAUAAAAAACUAGUUGCCAUUGAGUCAAUUCUGACUCACGAUGACCCCAUGUGUGUCAGAGUACAACUUGCUCCAUAGGGUUUUCAAUGGCUGAUUUUUGUUUUUUUCCAGGAAGUAGAUCCUGAGGCUUUUCUUCCAAGGUGCAUCUGGGUGGACUGAAACCUUGCAACCUUUUGGUUAGCAGCCAAGCUCAUGUACCAUUGGCACCACCAGAGACUCCACUGAGUAACAAAGUGACUAUGAACUUUCCUCAGACUUAUUUUGCUUUUGUAUUUUUAAUUUAUUGUUGAAAGUGUAGAUAUUUGUAGUAUAAUAUAAAAUGUUGAAUAAAAUAUUAUGCACAUAUUUUAACAUUAGAAAUUGCACUGAUCUUUUACCUCUUAUAAGAAACUAGGAGACGUUUGUUUAGGAGUGAGAGUCAAAAUAUUUGACAAUUAUUUAACAACAGCUGGUUAUCAAUGUUGGAUGCUAACAGCUGUGUUGGUGUCAUCCUGCAAGUUUAUAACCACUGACUACCAGCCUGCUUUUGCUCCUCCAUUAGUUAACACCAGAGGAAGUAUUGACUACCAAUGAGAAAAGGAAGACUAUGUCUGAACACUGUGCUUUAAUCCAUAAUUUAGUUAUUGAUAUAUAAAGCACCUGUUGUGAAGGAGAUACUAAAAUUGUUAAGUACCUGGCGCAUAAUGUACAUCAGUAAAUUUUGGGAGGUGAUGACAAUAAUCAGCAUCCACAGAUAAGUACAAUUGUGUGUAGAAAACUAAUGGUUGCAAUGAUGUUUAUACUUCGUGUGUUCCCAAGUACAGUAUUUUAUUGUUACAUUAUUUUUACCAUGUUUAUAGAAUAAAGAAACUGCUGAUUUGUUGAAGUCACUAUUAUCUGAUUGAAAAUCAUUGUUUAUAAUGUUUUAUCACAAUUCACUGUCUAAAAUUAGUGAGUUUUCUUUUAAUGGAACAAUGAGUAAAGUGAAAUAUUCUUGUCUCGUUAUGAAUUUGUUUUAACUCUCUACCUGCAGAAAUAUUAGAGCUUUGAAUUUGUAUUAACCUGGUCUGUCUCAAAAUUGGAUAUAAUGAUGGAUUUUUCCCAAUAUCUCUUUCUCUGAUAAUAAAUAUUAUGACAAUGAUAUAAACUAUUCAUGAAUGCAGCAAACUUAGGAGGAAAUUUUAAGGAUGGUAGAACCAAUACGAUGCUUCAGUAUUAUUAGCGGUAAGCUUUGACCUAUUUCCCACCUGGCCCACCCAAAGGUACAGUGUAUAUGAAAAAUCAGGUAUUUGUCUUACAGGUCUCCUGCAUGUUCCAUCUGGCAGACCUGGUGCCACUUUCAACUCUGCUGUGGUCAUUGCUUAUUUCAUGGCUGGUCACUGCCUGGUGCUGCUAGUCAGGCCUCUUGGUAGUAUGCUUCUCUGCUCUCAUGAGCUCCAGCUCCGUGUGAAUGGGGACUGGCUGCGCUUUCCUGUGGCAUCCUGUGCUUCAGUCUCCACAACUCUGCCGUCACAAGGCUCUAUAUUUAUUUUACAUUUUACUGCAGGCUCAAAAGGGAAUUACAGUCAGGUGGGGGUGAAAAGAUUUAAAACACUUUACUAGAUAUCACUUUUCCAAUAAUCCAGAGUCAGAAAAACCAAGAAAUUAAAGCUUUCAUAGUGGGCCCAUCUAAGACAUAUCCUCUUUUCCUUAUUCUCAGGUCUCUUUGCAAUAUAUCUUAUUCUUCUGCCCUUGGCUCUCUCCAGUAGCAUUACCUUUUCCCAGAUCUGGGUUAUUCAUUCCAUAACAGACCCGAGAGCUUUCCCUGAGGACUUUCUAGAUGUGGCCUAGGGCCCUUCAAGUCCUUACAGGCAUUCAGGAAGGAAAGGAGGAAGUGAGGACAUAAGCAUUACAAGUUUGGCAAACACACAUCCCAAGGAUGUGUGUUAGUUAAUUAAUAGUAAUUAAUUCUUAAUAUUCGUAAGAAGGACAGUUUAAACUAGAGGUUGCAAACUGGUAGCUCAUUGACCAAGUUUGGCCUAUUUAUUGUUUUAUAAAUUAGAGCAACAUUUACAAAUCAAGAGAAAUCACAUACGAUGAAUUCUUGUCUUUUCUUGAAAAAAAAUUGGAAAAUGUAUCUGUUUCUUAUUCAUCCAGAGCUUUUCCUAAUAGUGCGAUGUCUCUCCAGGUUACCAUAAUUCCUACCCCUCACACAAUGUAUAAGUAGAAGUACUACUGCUGUUUGCGUCAUUGUCGUGGAUUGAAUUAUGUCCCCCAAAAAAUGUGUGUAUCAAUUUGGCUAGGCCAUGAUUCCCAGAAUUGUGUGGUUGGCCUCCAUUUUGUGAUUGUAAUUUUAUUUUAAAG